CGCCGCCCGGCCUCCUCACUCUUAGAAUCUCGCCCUCUUUACCCUUACGUCCUUUCUCCACCAAAUCUUGACCAAGAACAGCCACAGAAGAUGGCCCCCCGCAAAGAGAAGACGGAGAAGGUGUCUGCCAAUGAGGCAGCGGAUACGAUUCUGAACUACCUGCGGAAACAGAAUCGACCGUACUCCGCAACGGAUAUCUCGGCGAACUUGCAUAAUAAGGUCACUAAAGCGGCCGCGGCGAAGAUUCUCAAGGAUUUGCAGGAUCAGAAUAAGAUUGAGGGGAGGGCUGCUGGGAAGCAGGUGGUGUAUCAUACUAUCCAGAACACCGACGACGCCCUCACCCCGGAGCAACUCGCCGCCCUCUCGGCGCAAACCUCAGACCUCCAAUCCCGCACUACCGCCCUGCAGACCACAAUCAAAACCCUGCGCUCCACGCUGUCGACCCUCAAUUCCACCCUCUCAACCGCCGAUCUCGUUUCCUCGGUCCAGUCGCUCGAAGCCGAGAAACGGGACAUUUUGGCGAGAUUGGAGACGCUCAAGACGGGGAAGGCGAAGAAGGUGACGCAGAAGGAGAGGAUGGAGGCGGAGGCGGAGUGGAGGAAGUGGAAUGGGAUAGCCAAGAGGAGGGAGAGGAUCGAGCGGGAAAUGUGGAGAAUGAUUGAGGAUCUGGUGGGGGAGAAGGACAAGAGGGAGGAGUUGAGGGAGGCGUUGGGGUUGGACGAGUGAAAGGAUGGAAUGAGGAAGCUGGAAUAAGGGGUGUGAUGAAAAAAAACAUGUGAGUUUUGGGCGGACGAUGUGGAAGAGGGAGGAGGACAGAAAGAU